GUUUGCUUUUCUACUUUCUGAAGUUUGGUUAAGGUUCUUGCUCUGUACUCUCCUCUGUCCAGCUUGUCGAGGAGCGUUAAACCAGAACAGCUUCGAACUGCCAAAAAAAUGGCUCUUGCAUCCUUGACAUCGCUUGAUGAGUGUUGAUUUAGGGGUAUCCAUUUUCCAGUGCUUUCUUCAAAGUACCGUUGGAAGAAUGAUGGAUAACCAAUCUAGUCUAGAAUUUGAUUCAGAUGAAAGUGAUUUAGACGUGAGAGAUAAAAACUAUGAAGAACAUGGACAAAUGGAAGAUGUUCUCCACAAGAAUUUGGACUUUUGUGUCAGUGAAGAUGAGAAAUUAGCAGAACAGUCUGGUGGUAGUCUUUCCCUUAUUACUGAUGCAUUGGAACCAUACAUGGGCAUGGAAUUCAACUCAAGGGAUGAAGCUCGAGAGUUUUAUGCUGCUUAUGGCAGGCGGACUGGAUUUACUGUACGUAUACAUCAUAAUCGUCGAUCACGAGUAAACAAUCAGGUCAUAGGUCAAGAUUUUGUUUGUUCUAAAGAAGGAUUUCGAGCAAAGAAGUAUAUACACAGAAAAGACAGAGUUCUUCCCCCACCACCAAUCACCAGAGAGGGCUGCCAAGCAAUGAUAAGGCUAGCUCUAAGAGAUGGAGCAAAGUGGGUUGUCACCAAAUUUGUUAAAGGGCACAACCAUAAACUGAUGAGUCCUAACAAAGUUCCGUUGCGAGAAUCUGGAAAGCAUCUAGUCGGUGAGGAUGAGAAGGAUAAGAGAAUACGUGAGCUGUCACUUGAGUUGUACAAUGAGAGACAAAAAUGCAAAAGGCGGUGUGCUGCAUACGAAGAACAAUUGAACUUGAUCUUAAAAGACUUGGAAAAUCACACAGCACAUAUAUCAAAAACAGUUGCUGAUAUGGUGCAAAGCAUAAGAGAAAUUGAGGAGGAACAGUCAGUCUCAGAUGGUGAGUGGAGAUAGUAAAAGUUCACUUCGUUGUAUCCCUCUCAUUUACUGGUUUCUGAUGAUUAGGGUUGGUUUUGCAUAUUAUUGUUUUCAGGAGUCGGCUAAUUAUCUUUCUACUUAAGUUAUGAUUUGUGUUGCAUCGUCAAACAUUAAACUGGGACAAGCUGUAAGGUUCCCCCUUUCCUUUCUCCUUGCAAGAUCAAGUCUGAUCUAUGGUCUCAACUCUAGCAAAUUGCUAUAUAUGUCUAUGUAAUUCUUCUUGAUUUACCAACAUGCUUGAAUUGGGAUCUUUUCUGCUUUUCAA